CCCAAUGUCUCGCUUGACGAACUGCUCGACGAGAGCGACCUGAUCCAGGAGCUCAAGCAGAACAACUCCAAACUCAUCGAGUUCCUCAGAGAAGAGUCCACUCUCCAGACCUUGUUGGGAUACGUCGUUGCCGACAAGCCCNCACACUCCGAUAAGGCUUCCAUUAAGGAUGAGGAGCCCGACAGAUCGUCUCCUAUCAGCUUCUUCAAGAAGUCAGCUUCGCGCUCGCGCUCAAAGUCGGUCAAUCAAUCCGACGCUGGCGGCGAUGCCGCCGAAGCUGCUGAAGAGGAAGACAAGGGCGAAGCCUUGCGCAAAAAGUACGCCUAUGUCGCCUGUGAGGUCCUCUCCUCGGACGUCUGGUCCAUAACCGAAGCCGUGCUCGAGUACCAGAACUACCUUCGCGAAUUCUGGCAUUAUGUCAGUCGCCCUGCCCCGCUCGACCCUUUGCAGGCUGGCUACUUCACUAAGGUCAAUGAAUCUCUGCUGGAUAAGAAGACAGACGAGAUGCUGGCCUUUUUCAAAUCGCUGGACCACAUUGUUCCCGAUAUGCUGCAACAUGUCGACUGUCCUAUGAUUAUGGAUUUGCUAUUGAAAAUAAUCAGUCUGGAGAAAGCUCCAGGAGGCCAAGGAAUUGUUGACGACCUCAUCCCUGUUCUUUUGUCAUACCUCGGCCCUGAAAACAGCGCUUCUACCCAGACAGCCGCUGGUGACUUCUUGAAGGCGAUUAUCACCAUUUCUGCGAAUGCUACCACUCAGGAUCAAACUGUUAUCGGCCCCAAUGAAUUGACCAGACAGCUCGUUUCUGACGAAUGCACAACCAUCCUGAUCAAGAACAUGCUUGCAGGAGGCAACUCGUUGACCGUCGGAGUCGGCAUCAUCAUUGAGGUCAUUCGCAAGAACAAUUCGGACUAUGAUCUCGACAACCAGGUCGGUCCCGAGCCCAGAACGACCGAUCCUAUCUACCUUGGAAGUCUUCUUCGUCAAUUCGCGAAACACGUCCCCGAUUUUAUGCAUUUGAUCAGAAGCUCUGGCGCACAGAAGCCUGGUCUCAAAACCGCCUUUGGCAAGGAGAUUCAACCUCUGGGUUUCGACAGAUUCAAGACAUGCGAGCUUAUGGCCGAGCUCUUGCACUGCAGCAACAUGGCCCUCCUGAACGAACGCGGAAGUGAUGCUCAGAUAAAGCACAGGGACGAGGAGAGAGAAAAACUCAAGCUGGAAGGACGUCUGACAGGACAACCGAUCGAAGGUUCUUCGUACGACGAGCACGAGCCAUUCGCAAGCAGUGUCGAUAGCCACGGGUUCCACCAUGCACAAAGACCAGACGAUGACCUCAGCGGAUCACCCGAAGAGAUUAAGAGACUCGAAGUGCAAAAUGCGUCUGAGGAAGAUGGGUUCGAGAAGGUGGCUGUUUCAGAUGCCGAUGAAUUCAACGAGAUUGCAGGAGAUACAAGUUUGCCGCCUCUAACAAAGCAGGACGAUCCGUCGAGCAUCCACCACGUCCCCGAUGAGUCACCUCGGGACGGCACCACCGUCGUGACAGAAGAAAUAAGUCAGUUACAUAUUGACAGCCCUGAACAAGAGGGCGAUGGACCUCGACUUGAGGGUAAGCGCCGCAUCUCACUGUUGACCCAGCAGCUUCAACAACACAUUCAAGACUCUGAGCUCAACUUUUCAUCAGAUCAGCCCCGGACCACCCAAGAAGACGUGGACAUGCAUCCCGAGGACAAGCCAGCUCCUCUGUUUGCCAGUCCCAGUAAGAACAGUCAAUCCGUGACGAGCUCCAACGAAGAAGACCCUAGCCAUAGUACGGCUACGCUGCAGCCCGAUGCUCACCACGCUGAGGGCGACAACGGGCUUUGGGAGGCCGAUGUGGACGGUUCGCCUGUUGUUGGAGACUUGUUGAAGAUCAUGUUUGUCGAGCAUCAGGAUUUCUUCUUCCGCUUCCCUUGGAACAACUUUCUCCACAACGUUGUAUACGAUGUUGUACAACAAGUCUUCAAUGGCAGCUUCGAGCGUGGCUACAACCGCACACUUGCUAUUGACCUCUUCUGCCACUCCAACUGCACCGACUUGGCUUCGCAAGCCGACGUCACCCAGCGCAUUCUCGACGGACAAGCAGCUUCUGACAAUGCCCAGAAGGAGAAGGGUAUGCGUCUUGGUUAUAUGGGCCACUUGACUCUAAUUGCCGAGGAGGUGUUGAAGUUGCAAGAUCGUCAACCCCCAGAGAUUCUUGGCGAACAGAUUAUGGAACGCAUCACCCGCGACGAAUGGAUCCAAUAUCUCGAGACAACACUUUCCGAGACCAGAGAUCGCGACAACGCUGUUCUCGGUGGCGUGAAGCCUGACCAAGGAUUUGGUGCUCGACAAGUCGGCAUGGGCGCCAACAGCAUGCUUGGCCAGGGCGGCUUCUCGGGCGGCAACAACUCCAGCACUUUAUCCAAUGCAGGCCUGGUACCAGCCGACAGUAUGGCGCUGCAAGAAGCAGGAGAUGCAAGCAGCUAUGACACAGGAUCCUCAGGCCUGCUCAGUGGCUUCGGUAAUGGCGACGACGAUGACGACGAUCUCGAGGAGUCGAUAACUGGCGAGAAGAGGGAGAAGGCGGUCGAUGAUGAUGAGCAGGUCGGUGAACUCUCGUUUGACGAUGUUGACAUCAACCACUUCCGAUAA